AAGGCAACCUGCACACUAUUAACAAGCCAGCUAACAGUGUGCAGUCAGAGAGGCAGAGAAGAAAAACCAGUCAGUGUUACAGAAACCCCCACAGACACACACACUCAGGAGGAAUUAACCAUUUAACGAGGGGGUGGGUGCUUCUGCUUACAUCUGAGGGAGAACCGAAGAACAGGGGCGUCUGUGCAGCGAAGAAGAAGACAACCGUGGAGGGAAAUUGUUGCUGCUCUUUGGGAUCAGAUUUUUCUUUUUACCGGUGAGUCUUGGUGUUUUUUAAAAGUGCAGUGAUGGUGUACUUUUCCGUCCCUCCCACCCCCUGUGUGCUUCAAAUCUAUAAAUACAGAUAGUGUCUUUGGAAACAUGCGUGUCGGGCCGAGUGGUUCACUUUCACAGUGCUUGUUUUAGAUGCAGCUGAGGCUGUGAAUGAGGAUCAACACUUAGUUUUUUCAAAGCUUCACUUCAGGUUUUGUACAGGACAGAGUGAUGGCAGAAGAAUCCGGUUCAGAGGACAUGACAGCGGUUACACCUUUGGUAAAUAGUGUAAACAUGAUCAAUGUAAGCAGCUAAAAGUUUACUUUGUGUGACUACCUGAAACACCCAGAUCAUUUUCACUCACUUAAACCUUAAUUAUAAAUAUCCUUACUUAGAUAAUAUCUGUUUUAAAGAGUCCUGGACAUUAGAGAACUAGUGACACACAAAGAAACUACACAAUACCAAAUAAAGCUGGGCAAUAUGGCCUCAUAGUAAUGUCAGGAUCAGCUGGACAUUUAACCCUGUUUAGAUUAAUGAACAUUUGAUUUUGUUUGUUCCAUUUUCUUCUUAAUUUUUUUUGCCAUCAUAGUUUAUUGACAGGGUUGUGCUGUAAAGAAGUUUUUUUUUUCUAUAACUUAUCUUUUAUAUUUUUCAAAUAGUUGAUGAAAUUAUAAAGAUAAACUACUCAUCAAAAGAUUUAAAGAAUUAUUAUCGUAAAAAAAUAAUCAAUGUAGGAAAUAUAUAUAUAUAUUUAAUUAAUCAAUUUUGAAUUUUUUAUUUGCAGCCUUCACAUUAAAUGAAUUUGCAGGAUUAAGCAACCAAAAAAAAGUUAAUUUAAGGGUCCUGUUUUUAAAAUCUUCCCUGCUUCAAGUUUAAGAGCACGCUUAAGUUCAUAUCAGUGUGUUGUUAAAAAAAAAAAAAAGGUUGUGCAAUAAAAUACUAAUUUCCUCCUCUUAGGUGACAGCCUACUCAAACAAAAAAAAAAUACAAAUUAAGUAUUUUUUUUUAAAUUGUAUUUAACCUUUAUUUAAUCAAAAAGUCCUAUAGAUAUAAAAAAUCUCUUACAAGAGAGUGUUGCCCCAAUGUGCUACAAGUUAAAAGGUUACUCAUUUUGUUCUUGUGUAUUUUCUACAUCAACAAGACCGUUCAGUUAGUUAUCUGUUGUCUUUGAUUUUGACCGCUGAUCAAAAAAAGAUAGUCAGGUCAGGUAUGUACAGGCAGGUAUCAGACUGUGUGUCUUUUGUGGUUUUAUAUGAAGGGACACUUCUCCACUGUUUUAAUGACAGUUGGACAUGCUUGUUAUUUAGAGGGUAACCUGGAGAAAAUAAAGUUUUAUGUACUCUCUCUGACAUCCACACAGAUGAUUUUGACUUGUGCGUCUGACUGAGUAAAACAGAGAAAGGUGGGUUUUAAGGCAUUCAUAAUGACAUAAAUAAACAAACAGCAACUUGUUAUUCCAGAAACAAGCCCUUUGUUAACAACUCGAGGCACUUUUCAUUUGAACCCCCCACCCCCUAGCUAAAAGCCAAAAACAAAAAAAAAGUCUCUAUAAAAACAUUUACAAUGGUGACAGGGGGAAAUUUAACUGUUUGGAUGCUUUUUUGAUCCAACGUGUACUAUUAUGUUUAAAAUUAGUGUAAAGACAGAGAUAUUGACUGCAGGUAUUUUAAAUCUACAAAAUUAACCCCCUGCAUGGUUUGAUGAGACAAUAAGCAAUCAGAUUAAUUCAACUCAAUCAAAUUAACUUAUAACAUUUUUGUAUGUAUUUUUCUGUUUCAUUUUACAUGGACUGGACCAUUUUAAAGCUGAAGUACGAUAAGCCUUAUUAGAUAACUGUCAGUCCUUCCUUUCAGUCACAGGAAUUGUCAUAUGUUCAUGUGUGUGUAGUCCACUGUCCAGCAGGCAUGUGCACAUUCGUGUAUGGGUUAUAAAAAUGCACUGUGUGGUAAAGAAUUUAGUGUAACAGUCAGUUUUGGUACAAAAGCAGGAGGCUGAUGUGAACCAGAGGUGAAGCAGAGUUUCUCAUUAUCAGGCUGAGAGAAAAGAGAGCCAUUCUGAGCCAAUGACCCCAUUAGGCACAGGCCAUCCAAUAUGUUUAAAAAGCUCUCGGGGUGCGUUGGGAGUCCCAGGCCCUGGGCCCAUCAUGAUCCCCCUUGGUUUCAGACCGCGCCCGGGCGGAAGCAGGCUAUUCUUGUCCAGUAUUGUGCUGCCGAGCUAUUCUGACGCUGUCCAUUGUGUCCCAAUGCUUUCCAUGACUCUCAGCGAUUUCAGAGGGUCUGCCCCCCUAAACCCCUCCAUUAUGGACUUUGCUUGCAUUGCCAUAUUUGCUGUGUUGGCUUUUGCAUUCAGUCAUCCUCUCCGCCCCCUGUACACCACCCGUUAACGUUUGACUUUUCGGUCAACAUUAGUACUCUUGCGUUGAAUACAAGAGAGGAAUGUCAAAGGCCAAGUUCAGAUCCAACCAGAAAAUGGUCCCAAUCAAACAAAGUUUCAUCCCGCAGCUGCUAUAAUUCUUCAGUUUGUUUCAUUUGUAAGUUGCUCUACGAAAAGCUGUUGCAACAUAUCAGAUCAGAAAAAACUUAAACAGCAUGUGUCGACAUUUUUCUGACUAGAGAAGGCAUUGGCCAAUCCGAUAUUGUGCAAAUGUGCUUUUUUCUAUAUUUUAGCUUCCCUCUUUUUAAAGCAGAGGAAGCAAAGAUUAAGUGUUGGUUUCCAUUCGUCAAAAUCUGUUGCAAUAGUAAAUGUGCUUUCUUAUUUCGUUUCUGCAGAUAAACUUCUUCAUGGACAGAAGAUGAAUCUUCAGCAACUGGGGAAUCUUUGGCAUUUGAGCGACUCCUCUAAGAUUGCGUACAUUUCCCAGCAGACCUGCUGACUCCCAUCUAUGCCUCCUGCUGAAUGUGGAAAGCCUAGGAUGGAAGCCCCGCCACGUGCUGGUCCGAGGCACUGGAACAACACUCUUGACCUUCACAUCCCCAACCAUCUGACUGCCUCUUCCUCACAAACUAACUGCUGCACCUCCAUCUCCAACCAGACAGGGACCACUGCCACUGGCUGACGAGAUUCCAGGAUGUAUAUGAAUUUGCGGCGUAUACGAAGAUGCCAGUGUGUGCAGCUGAUGACCACCUGCCUUGUGCUGUCAGUGGUGAUGGUUUGCUGGGAACCACUGGACAGCAACGUGGUCAGCCAUGUUAAGUCCUACUCCUUUCGCUACCUGGUCAAUGGUUUCACCUACAUCAACAAGAGCCUCACCAUCCCACGGGAGCAGGCCAGGAGCUUCAGCAACUUCCACUACCUGUUGGACCACCCAGACAAGUGUGUCGGUAAAGAUGUCCUUCUCCUCCUCUUCGUCAAAACAUCUCCAGAGAAUAUCGAGAGGCGAAACGCCAUCAGAUCCACAUGGGGGAAUGAAACCUACAUCCAAACCGCCCUGGGAGUGACAGUCAAGGUGGUGUUUGCUUUGGGAGCACCUCGGACCAAGAAGUGGGAGCCUUCAUGGAGCAAGAGAAGCGGGGUUGGUUCUCAGGAGCGGCUCAUCUAUGAGGACCGUAUCCAUGGUGAUUUGAUCCAGCAAGACUUUUUAGACUCCUUCCACAACCUGACCCUGAAGCUCAUCAUGCAAUUCCACUGGAUGCACAGCCGCUGCUCACAUGCUCACUUCCUCAUGACAGCAGACGAUGACAUCUUCGUCCACAUGCCUAAUCUGGUGAGCUAUCUGCAAGAUGUGAGCAGCAGGGGUGUCACAGACUUCUGGAUUGGACGGGUGCACAGAGGAGCACCACCCAUCCGCAGCAAAGACAGCAAGUACUAUGUGCCCUUUGAGAUGUACCAAUGGAUGUCGUACCCUGACUACACAGCCGGGGCUGGGUAUGUUGUGUCUAGGGAUGUAGCUGAUAGAAUCUACCAAGCCACACUAACCUUGAAUGCCUCGCUUUACAUAGAUGAUGUGUUCAUGGGCAUCUGUGCCAAUGCCAUUGGUGUAUCCCCACAAGAACAUGUCUAUUUCUCAGGUGAGGGCAAAUCACCGUACCACCUGUGCAUCUAUAAUCAGAUGAUGACUUCACAUGGUCACGUUGAAGAUAUCUAUGACCUGUGGAAGGCAGCGACUGACCCGCAGGUGAAACAGAGGACGUCUGGACUCAAAGGGAGGCUGUACUGCAUGGCCGUGAAAAUCUCUCUCCUUUGUAAACCGUACUUUUUCAACACAUACCCUUGCAAAGCAGCAUUUUUGUAGAAUUACUCAAGGUUUUUGUGUGUGACAGAGAGAAAGAAAGAGUCAUGAGUCAUAAUGAAAGUAAUAUCAGUGCUGCGAAUAUUACCUCAGUCCUUUCAGUUGGACACCUGUGUCAAACACUGAAGUGUUUGUUUGUGUGAUCACCUCCUUGUCAAAGAUGUUGAGUCCUUAGGGUUUAAUGAUGUGACAACACUGGCUCUGAUGUGGUUAAAAAUUCAAACUCACCAUGUUAAUAAUAAAUGAGUGUUUAACUGGUGAAAUAAUGUACUGUCCAUCUGAACCAGGUACUUAACAACUCCCUCCUGCUCCCUUCAGCUGCUGUCAGACAUCAGAGGGUCACCAAAACUUGCAUUUCCAAAAAUGCCCAAAACAUGUACUCAAGUCUGUUACACUGCUGUAAAAGUCAUACGUCAAAAAAAGUUCAUGAAGUAAAGAAAGAUAACAUAUUUCAGGUGUGUGAGUUAUUGCAAGCAAAAACACACAGUAUGUCAGUGACUGGUCAGAACUAAAAAUGUCUCAGUGUCGUGAAGUGCAAAAUUCCUCACAGUGAGGCAGUGCACAUGUGAAACCGCUACUUGAGCUGAUCCUGUUCUGGAAAUACAAAUGAAGUCAUGGUGAGCAACAAAGUGUGGAUUAAAGAAUAGUUUUUUUGUGUUUUGACAUCCUUUUUUCUAAUAAUUUUUGUUUAAAUUUUUUUUCUAAGAAAUAAAACUUGUGAAAAGUGAAAAA